UUGGCCUCCUGCGCCCCUACCCCGCUGCUAGGAAGGGGAGUGGGCGACUCGGCCCCCGCUUCUGGGGAGGAGGAGGGGGGUGCCCAGACAAAAGGAGCUUGUGCCUUUAAGGCGGGGAGUCCGGGAGCCAGCGGGGAGGGGACUUCUGGAUCCGGGGUAGAGGGCGGCUGCGCUGGACAGCUCGGGAGGGGGCGAGGGCCGGGCGGACGGCGGACGGCGGGCGGGACGGCCAGGACGCGCGGGCUCGGAGAAGGACCGCGGGACGGCCGGCCGGCCGGCCGGAGCCCGCGGGGGCGGCGGGGCGGGGGCCCGGGGCAGGCGCGGAGACUGGCCGGCAGCAACAUGUCAUGGUUUAGUGGCCUCCUGGUCCCUAAAGUGGAUGAACGGAAAACAGCCUGGGGUGAACGCAAUGGGCAGAAGCGUUCACGGCGCUGUGGCACUCGGGCAGGUGGCUUCUGCACGCCCCGCUAUAUGAGCUGCCUCCGGGAUGCAGAGCCACCCAGCCCCACCCCUGCGGGCCCCCCUCGGUGCCCCUGGCAGGAUGACACCUUCAUCCGGAGGGGCGGCCCGGGCAAGGGCAAGGAGCUGGGGCUGCGGGCAGUGGCCCUGGGCUUCGAGGACACAGAGGUGACAACGACAGUGGGCGGGACAGCUGAGGUGGCGCCCGACGCGGUGCCCAGGAGUGGGCGAUCCUGCUGGCGCCGUCUGGUGCAGGUGUUCCAGUCGAAGCAGUUCCGUUCGGCCAAGCUGGAGCGCCUGUACCAGCGGUACUUCUUCCAGAUGAACCAGAGCAGCCUGACGCUGCUGAUGGCGGUGCUGGUGCUGCUCACGGCGGUGCUGCUGGCUUUCCACGCGGCGCCCACCCGCCCUCAGCCUGCCUAUGUGGCCCUGCUGGCCUGCGCCGCCGCCCUGUUCCUGGGGCUCAUGGUGGUGUGUAACCGGCAUAGCUUCCGCCAGGACUCCAUGUGGGUGGUGAGCUACGUGGUGCUGGGCAUCCUGGCGGCAGUGCAGGUCGGGGGCGCCCUCGCAGCAGACCCACGCAGCCCCUCUGCGGGCCUCUGGUGCCCUGUGUUCUUCGUCUACAUCGCCUACACGCUCCUCCCCAUCCGCAUGCGGGCUGCGGUCCUCAGCGGCCUGGGCCUCUCCACCCUGCAUUUGAUCUUGGCCUGGCAACUUAACCGUGGUGAUGCCUUCCUCUGGAAGCAGCUCGGUGCCAAUGUGCUGCUGUUCCUCUGCACCAACGUCAUUGGCAUCUGCACACACUAUCCAGCAGAGGUAUCUCAGCGCCAGGCCUUUCAGGAGACCCGCGGUUACAUCCAGGCCCGGCUCCACCUGCAGCAUGAGAAUCGGCAGCAGGAGCGGCUGCUGCUGUCGGUGUUGCCCCAGCAUGUUGCCAUGGAGAUGAAAGAAGACAUCAACACAAAAAAAGAAGACAUGAUGUUCCACAAAAUCUACAUACAGAAGCAUGACAAUGUCAGCAUCCUGUUUGCAGACAUUGAGGGCUUCACCAGCCUGGCAUCCCAGUGCACUGCACAGGAGCUGGUCAUGACCCUGAAUGAGCUCUUUGCCCGGUUUGACAAGCUGGCUGCGGAGAAUCACUGCCUGAGGAUCAAGAUCUUGGGGGACUGUUACUACUGUGUGUCAGGGCUGCCGGAGGCCCGGGCCGACCAUGCCCACUGCUGUGUGGAGAUGGGGGUAGACAUGAUUGAGGCCAUCUCGCUGGUACGUGAGGUGACAGGUGUGAAUGUGAACAUGCGCGUGGGCAUUCACAGUGGGCGUGUGCACUGCGGCGUCCUUGGCUUGCGGAAAUGGCAGUUCGAUGUGUGGUCCAAUGAUGUGACCCUGGCCAACCACAUGGAGGCAGGAGGCCGGGCUGGCCGCAUCCACAUCACUCGGGCAACACUGCAGUACCUGAAUGGGGACUACGAGGUGGAGCCGGGCCGUGGUGGCGAGCGCAACGCAUACCUCAAGGAGCAGCACAUUGAGACUUUCCUCAUCCUGGGCGCCAGCCAGAAACGGAAAGAGGAGAAGGCCAUGCUGGCCAAGCUGCAGCGGACUCGGGCCAACUCCAUGGAAGGGCUGAUGCCGCGCUGGGUGCCUGAUCGUGCCUUCUCCCGGACCAAGGACUCCAAGGCCUUCCGCCAGAUGGGCAUUGAUGAUUCCAGCAAAGACAACCGGGGCACCCAAGAUGCCCUGAACCCUGAGGAUGAGGUGGAUGAGUUCCUGAGCCGUGCCAUCGAUGCCCGCAGCAUUGAUCAGCUGCGGAAGGACCAUGUGCGCCGGUUUCUGCUCACCUUCCAGAGAGAGGAUCUUGAGAAGAAGUACUCCCGGAAGGUGGAUCCCCGCUUCGGAGCCUACGUUGCCUGUGCCCUGUUGGUCUUCUGCUUCAUCUGCUUCAUCCAGCUUCUCAUCUUCCCACACUCCAUCCUGAUGCUUGGGAUCUAUGCCAGCAUCUUCCUGCUGCUGCUGGUCACCGUGCUGAUCUGUGCCGUGUACUCCUGUGGUUCUCUGUUCCCUAAGGCCCUGCAACGUCUGUCCCGCAGCAUCGUUCGCUCACGGGCACAUAGCACCGCAGUUGGCAUCUUUUCCGUCCUGCUUGUCUUUACUUCUGCCAUUGCCAACAUGUUCACCUGUAAUCACACCCCUAUGCGGACCUGUGCAGCCCGGAUGCUGAAUUUAACACCUGCUGACAUCACUGCCUGCCACCUGCAGCAGCUCAAUUACUCUCUGGGCCUGGAUGCUCCCCUGUGUGAGGGCACCACGCCCACCUGCAGCUUCCCUGAGUACUUCAUCGGGAGCGUGCUGCUGAGUCUCUUGGCCAGCUCUGUCUUCCUGCACAUCAGCAGCAUCGGGAAGUUGGCCAUGGUCUUUGUCUUGGGGCUCAUCUAUUUGGUGCUGCUUCUGCUGGGUCCCCCAGCCACCAUCUUUGACAACUAUGACCUACUGCUUGGCGUCCAUGGCUUGGCUUCUUCCAAUGAGACCUUUGAUGGGCUGGACUGUCCAGCUGCAGGGAGGGUGGCCCUCAAAUAUAUGACCCCUGUGAUUCUGCUGGUGUUUGCGCUGGCGCUGUAUCUGCAUGCUCAGCAGGUGGAGUCGACUGCCCGCCUAGACUUCCUCUGGAAACUACAGGCAACAGGGGAGAAGGAGGAGAUGGAGGAGCUACAGGCAUACAACCGGAGGCUGCUGCAUAACAUUCUGCCCAAGGACGUGGCCGCCCACUUCCUGGCCCGGGAGCGCCGCAAUGAUGAACUCUACUAUCAGUCGUGUGAGUGUGUGGCUGUUAUGUUUGCCUCCAUUGCCAACUUCUCUGAGUUCUAUGUGGAGCUGGAGGCAAACAAUGAGGGUGUCGAGUGCCUGCGGCUGCUCAACGAGAUCAUCGCUGACUUUGAUGAGAUCAUCAGCGAGGAGCGGUUCCGGCAGCUGGAAAAGAUCAAGACAAUUGGUAGCACCUACAUGGCUGCCUCAGGGCUGAACGCCAGCACCUACGAUCAGGUGGGCCGCUCCCACAUCACUGCCCUGGCUGACUAUGCCAUGCGGCUCAUGGAGCAGAUGAAGCACAUCAAUGAGCACUCCUUCAACAAUUUCCAGAUGAAGAUUGGGCUGAACAUGGGCCCAGUCGUGGCAGGUGUCAUCGGGGCUCGGAAGCCGCAGUAUGACAUCUGGGGGAACACAGUGAAUGUCUCUAGUCGUAUGGACAGCACGGGGGUCCCCGACCGAAUCCAGGUGACCACGGACCUGUACCAGGUUCUAGCUGCCAAGGGCUACCAGCUGGAGUGUCGAGGGGUGGUCAAGGUGAAGGGCAAGGGGGAGAUGACCACCUACUUCCUCAAUGGGGGCCCCAGCAGUUAGCAGGACCCCAGCCACAAAUUCAGCUGAAGGGAUCAAGGUGGGCAUUGAGUGGACUCUGUGCUCGCUGGGUGGAGCUAUGGCAGGGGGCACUGAGCCUCCAGACCCUGCUAACCACAAAAGGGAACAUCCCAGCAGGCUGUGCUUGGAUCAUGAUUGUCUACCCUCAAGCUGGAAAACAAGGGGCUACCUACCAAGAGGAUUAUGCAAGUGACUUUCUUUCUUACUUGGGGUAGGGCUGUUCCCUCUCCAAUCUUCCAGCUUUUGGGAGCAGGGGAGGGGUCAGUAGCAGAAGCAGAGGGAGGCCUCUUGCCUGAGGGAUUAAAAUGGCAGCUUGCCAUGCCUACCCUUCCCUGUCUGUCUGGGCAGCAGAUUCAGGGCUGGGCCCUUCUUUUCCCUCUUUUUUCCUGGGAAUAUUUUGUACAAUAUUUUGUACAAAGACAGGCAUGAGGAGUGCCUAUUCCAUGCUUGCCUUUGCAAUACCUGCGUCCCCAGCACUGGUCCUGGGCACUUCCCCACCUCAGCCAGGUGUCCCUCCUAGGCACAGAGCAGAGGAGGGAGAUGCUCUGGGGAGCCAGCUUUGGCCAUAUUUCAGGAGAAUGUUUCCAUGUGCCAAAUUCUAGUCCCACAAUCUGUCCCCAAAGGGGAACAAAGGGACCUCUAACAGCUUAGAUUUAGCCCCAGUUCCUGCACGCUCCAGGGAACGGGGCGUCUGGCCUCACUGGUACUGUGAAAAUGCUCAGAGAGCAAGCCUGUGUGUGGGGAUAUCAGGUCAGGAGCUGGAAGUUCACCUGCAGGUGCCAAAGAGCAGGCAGGCCAGGGCUGGGGCGGUGCCAGACUCUGAUCUGAGGACCCCGAUGGGGUCCAGAUCAGGUCACUCUGCCCCAGUGCUCUCUUGCUGUCUACUGGCAAGGGGGCAUGGAGCAUCUCUCCCUCUUCUGUUGCCAAAUAGAAAAGGGUCAGGGCAUGGAGAAAGAUGACCCUGAUCCCAAACCUGCCCUCCCAAGUCUCUGGCGUUGGGGAGGGCCUGUGUGUUUGUGUAACUGUGUGUGCAUGUUGGUCUUUGUGUGCAUAUCUGUUUUCCAGGUCUGUGAGUCCUUGUGCUCCUGCUCCUCAGCUCUCCACCCCAGGUUGCGUCUCUCCUGUGGGCCUCUGUCUUCUGGGAAUAAAGCAGGGUUUCCUAUUUCAGGGGAUGUAGAGAGACGCCCAGAUUACACAGGAGUGGGAUGGGGUGUGGUAGCAAAAGGAGGGAGAGGAGUCCUUUUUGUGCCAAAUCCCUAAGUGCCGUUUGGGGGCCAUGUGUGCAGCAUGACUCUCCCUGUCUGUGGCAGGGACCCAAGCGCUUGCUUGAGCCCCAGUGCUCCAUGCUAGCACUUGAACUGUCUGGGGUUUGAUGGACAGAGGCUCAGGAAUUUCCUGGCUUCCCCAGAUAGUGUCCUGGGACAUGGUAUGCUUUGGGGCUGGGGUAGCAUGGAAUCCCUCUGAGGACCCGGAUACUGGUACUAUUGGGUGGGGAAGAGGAACCUUAAACUUGGCUUUCUCCAGCCUUCAGCCUGAGUCUAGCAUGUUUCUGGCUCCCCAGCCCCUUGUGAAACCUUGGGGGCUGGCAGAAGGGUUAGGAGGUUGAACUCUAGAUUCCCUUCCUAUCUUUGCCUUCCUUUUACCCCUUUCCCUGCAACCUCUUUGACUGUGGCCUGAAUUUGUUGGUCCCUCAGUUUCUCUGUCUGUACCUAUUUAAGCCAAAGGCACUAGCCUGAAUUUUGCUUGAAGAUCACUUUGUCUUGGAAGUGACUAGAGAGGCAGAGGAGAAGGGUUUCCAGAGUUACUGGGUUUGGGAGUGGAAGGGGCAGGCAGUGCACUUGCCCCUCCUCAUGCCCCUCUGACACCAGCUCCCUGUGGAGGCCUGGUUUCUGGGUACUGCCUCCCUUGGGCAUCUUCAUGCAUCAACCAAAUGGGCCAUCAGGUACUUCAUUAGUCAUGGCAGAAGGAGGGGAAAAGACUUGUUUUUCCAGACAGAAAGUCUACUCCCCUGCCCCCAGCCAUAGCCCUGGAUAGGAAGGGAUAGGAAGAGACUACUUGGUGCCAUGGGGUAGGGGUGAGGGUAUAAGUAGAUCAGAGUGGGAAGACCUCAGCCUUGGGUGGCUUGUCUCUGCUUUUUGCCAGGUGGGAGGGCCUGUCCACACCCUGGCUCCCCGUACCACAGUGCCAGCCAUGCCCUUCCCCUGGGCAACCAUUGCCCCUUUCCUCACCCAGUUGGUGGAGGAGUCAGGAGAUGGGAGGCCAUGGGCUUUGGUUUUGUAAUGUAACCACUGUGGGGGUGAGGGAGGAUGGUGUACCAUGUAUUUCAGUGAAAUAUUUAAUAUAUUUAAAUAUCAAUAAAAUCAAACUCUUUGUAAAA